UCGUCUUUUUUUAUAUGUUGACAACUAAGUUUUUCACUUUUCUUUAUCAUUAAGAUGCUUGUUAAUUGACCAAGAAUCCACCUUUGAUUUAGAAUGAUAAGUAAUUAUUUGGUAAUUAUUUGCAGAAAGGAGCAAAGCUCAACUUUGUAAAAGAAUCUGAAUCUUUAGCAGUAAAAGAUGGAGUUUCUUCUGCAAGGAGGAGAGUCUUUAAUUGGGACCAUUAGGAUUGCUGUUUUGCCCAUAGCAAAAGUUUUUACCAUUUGCUUCAUGGGAUUUCGCAUGGCCUCCAAGUAUGUUAACAUCUUGCCAGCCAAUGGAAGGAAACUUUUAGAUGGGUUGGUGUUUUCACUUUUGCUCCCAUGUUUGAUGUUCUCUCAACUUGGACAAGCCAUUACUUUUGAGAAACUGCUUCAGUGGUGGUUUAUCCCUGUAAACGUAGUCAUUGCCACCAUAUCUGGUUCUAUUAUAGGUUUAAUUGUUGCCACAAUUGUACGCCCACCAUACCCGUAUUUCAAGUUUACCAUUAUACAGAUUGGAAUUGAUCUUUGGGCGAGAAAUUGUGACUAGAUCCAAUAAUUAAAGUUUUUUUUAUAGCUCCCCCAACCAUUAAAGCUUGCCUCAAGCUUUUGCAUAGAAGAUUAUUUUUUUAGCGGAGAAUCAUAGCUUGAGCUUUUGGCGUGGCAGAGUCUAACUUUUCGAAAAAGAAAUUCCAACCAUUAAAGCUUAACUCAAGCUUUUGCACAUAAGUACACUCUUUAAUUUUAUUAAUGGAUGAAUUUUUAAAUAACUAAAAUAUAAAAUUCUUAGUUUUCUUCUCUAAGAAAUAUACUUUCUUCCUUAUUAUUACAAAUUCGUUGCUUCAGUUGUGGAAAUCGAAAUGACACAAAACAGACCAUUGAAACAUGGAAUGGUAGUUAAUGGUAGUUAAACUUUUACAGAAGAGAAAUGAAAACUGAGUUGGAUCUGGGCUAAAAAUUUCUUAUUCAAUUUCAAUGGAAAAGAUGAAUUUUUGGGUGUAUUUUCUGGUAUUUUGGUUAGUUAAUGGUGGCUUUGUCAUUAAGUAAAAGGUGGGGGAAGAGGCUAUGGUGGUUGAUGAUGAAGAGAGGAGAUGGACGACAUCAAUGGUGGUUUAGAACUUUAGAUGGAGAAGAUGAGAGGUAUAGUUGUAAUUUUAAUUAUUUUAUUUUUUAAUAAAAAAUAAUGACAUGUGUCGCUGUUUGAUUGGUGCGUGAUAUUACACAUCUUCUGAAAAACUGGUGAAGGAAAAAGUAGUGUGUAUUAGAUACACUUUGAAAAUGUUGAGUGUGUAAUGUAAUUUUCGUCCGUAAAAAGUGUGUAACAGGGAUUUGGUCCAUAGUUUAGGGGGUAACUUAUGUAUUUUGCCAAUUAUUUAAUGUUAUAUUAUGCAGGCCCAGAGAUGGAGUUCCAUCAUCAACUGGGCCAAGAAAAUCCUUUGACCGAAGUAGCUAUGAAAAUGGAGUAAACAACAAUUAGUAAUUAUUGUUAGGA